GCCUCCAAGCCCAGCAUUGACCCCAAUGCCGAGUCUCUCUGCCCUUUCUCCGAACGGGGUCAAUCCUGUCAUCAGUGCGAUCCCUGCACCAGAAAAGGCGGUGACAGACAGCAGUGCUAUAGGCAUUGGGCAACCUCAGGUGUCGUACCGUAAGCUCGAUUUCCAGCCUGCGGCCCUGUUUGCGUUAGGAUCUCCCAUAGGAAUGUUUCUGACUGUGAGAGGGGUGGAGCCGCUAGGACCAGACUUUAAGUUGCCCACGUGCGAUGAGUUCUACAACAUAUUCCAUCCGUACGAUCCCGUGGCCUUCCGCAUAGAACCACUUUUGGAUGCCAACAUGGCCAAUGUCCAACCUUGUGAGAUUCAGAGCCACACUGGGAGGAAAAAGCUGCAUGUUGAAUUGAAAAAUCUCGGAACCAGCAUUUUUUCUACGGUUAAAUCGUCCUGGUCAUCAUGGGGUAGUUGGGGCGGCGCUGGACAAUCGCAGGAUCCCGCGCCCGAGAAGUCGCAACCUUCUGGAAGCAAUCCGAGCAGGAAAAAAUUAGAUAAUAAAGUAAUGAAGAAUGAACCUGACCCAUACUAUGAGGGCUGGACGGGUUCAAAAGCGCCAGCGAUUAAUAAGGGGCAACGAGUGGAUUACGCCUUGCAAUGCGGACUUUUAGAGAGUAUGAAUGAGUACAUGUUUGCUAUCACGUCUCAUUUGGUCUAUUGGGAAAACCUAGACACAGCGGCGCUGUUAUUGAAGGACGCUAAAGAAGCGAGGCAACGAUAGUCAGUAAACCAAUAAAAAUAUUAUCUAAAGAA